AUGUGGGAACUCCGGUCCAUAGCCUUCUCCAGGGCCGUGUUUGCCGAGUUCCUGGCCACACUCCUCUUCGUCUUCUUCGGCCUCGGUUCGGCCCUCAACUGGCCACAGGCCCUGCCCUCUGUGCUGCAGAUUGCCAUGGCCUUCGGCCUGGGUAUUGGGACCUUGGUGCAGGCUCUGGGCCACGUCAGCGGGGCUCACAUCAACCCUGCCGUGACCGUGGCUUGCCUGGUGGGCUGCCACGUCUCCUUUCUCCGAGCUGCCUUCUACGUGGCUGCCCAGCUGCUGGGGGCUGUGGCAGGGGCCGCUCUGCUCCAUGAGAUCACACCACCCGACAUUCGAGGGGACCUGGCUGUGAAUGCACUCAGCAACAACACCACAGCAGGCCAGGCUGUCACCGUGGAGCUCUUCCUGACCCUGCAGCUGGUGCUCUGCAUCUUCGCUUCCACAGAUGAGCGUCGUGGAGACAACCUGGGCACCCCCGCGCUCUCCAUUGGUUUCUCCGUGGCCCUGGGGCACCUCCUUGGGAUCCACUACACUCGCUGCUCCAUGAAUCCCGCCCGCUCCCUGGCUCCUGCUGUUGUCACCGGCAAGUUUGACGACCACUGGGUCUUCUGGAUCGGACCCCUGGUGGGCGCCGUCCUGGGCUCCCUCCUCUACAACUACGUCCUGUUCCCGCCCGCCAAGAGCCUGGCCGAGCGCCUAGCGGUGCUCAAGGGGCAGGAGCCCGACGCCGACUGGGAGGAGCGCGAGGUGCGGCGGCGGCAGUCGGUGGAGCUGCACUCGCCGCAGAGCCAGCCGCGGGGCAGCAAGGCCUGAGCGCGCCGCCCGCCCGGCCCCGAGGCCCCGGCCCCGGCUCCGGGGGGACGAGCUCCGAGGGACUGCCCGCCCGCCGCCCAGCCCAGCCCGCCCCUCCUGUCCCCAGGUCCGAAGGCGGUGGCGGUGAGCCCGGCAGACCCCCUGUCCCCCAGGCUGCAGGCAGUGAGCAGUCCGGAUGCUUGGCCCCUUGCAGGGAGCUAGACGCUUGGGGAGGGAAGGUCAGCAGGCAG